UCGCCUUCUGCGGAUACAUAAUUUUCCUGGUUCAGCUGAAACAAUCUCAAUCUGCUCUCCGUCGUCGCCUGCAUGCUGCUCUGCUGAAAGAAAAACUGACAGAAUACUAGCGCAUAGUGUGCGGUGCGGAGUUUGUACGACAAUAUUGUUGAUCACUGGUACGACCGUACGGCGCGUGGCCAUUUCCGCAUCUGCAUUCCGCUGCGCGGUGGGAGUAAUUAUUAUCUUGUCUGACCGCAUUCGGAGCGGACCAUUCUGUCCCAGCUAAACAGUGAUGAGGUGCUGCGGGUGGAAAAUAAGUGCCAUUUUCUAGCGCAGAGAUAACCGGCCGAAAAUUGAGGUGACAUUUUGUCAUAUCGGUAGCGCAGAGUGCUGUGAGGUGAAGGUGAAAACUCAUCAUCAAGAAAAAUUCGAUCCACCAAAAGGAAAAGCCGUCGCAAGGCGAAGAACAACAUCAACAAGAAGAGUCGAACAGGCACCACAAAGUAGCAGUGUGUAGUGUUAUUUUCCGCUUUGGCCCGUUGUCAAGAGUGUCGUGUGUUGUUCGUUCUUGCUCUCUUUCUCACCAUCUGCCCCCUUCGAUUUCGCGAGUUUGUGAGUGUGAGUCGGUGUGUGAAUUGAACACAGUGUUAUUGUUUUUGUCGUGUGUUGGUGGUAAACAACGGCCUUCUCCGGCUCUGUUAACCCCACUCCCGAAUGUAUGGUCGGUCGAUUGAUACUGUAAGUUUGAAUUUUUGAUGAAUUACUCUGUUCCUUACGAACACGGAUAAAGCAACACGUAGGGCGGUGUGAGCGGAAGAAUAGUCGAUUUCCAAGUUCCGUAAUUCCGGAUUGCUGAAUAAUUAACCAUCGGAGCAAGGAAUUCGAUCGUUUUUUGCCGCCAGUCGUCACGCCGUAUAUUCUUAGAGGUCAUCUAAUCCCUCACCAGAGCAAGAACGCGAGCCGUGGGAGGAAAGCAACUCUGCGCGAUCAGUACACAACAACAACAACAAAGUAACAAUCAAUCCAAGCAGGCCAACAAUAAUCAACGAGUGUCAAAUCAAGAAAGAACAAAGGGAACAGCAACAUUGUUGUGUAGCGGGUGAAUUUAGAAUCAAAUAGCAACAUUGUGUGAGACGGUAGCGAAAUGGAGCGGAAACUGUUGUACGCCUUCCGAGGGUGGAUUGCAUUCGUAGCCUUCAUGGACCUGGGGACGGCCGUGCGGUGCUACAUCGAGCGGAGAAGCUUCCUGGGGGAUCACUCCGAGACGCAGUUCAUCGAAGGCGAUUACACCAUCUCCAGAAUACUGGGAAUUUAUUGUAUUCUGAAAGCCGUGGCCCUGGUACACUGCACCCUCUACAUCCACUACAAAGCAGUCGUCAGCAUGGGAGGCUGCUCGCUGGCCAUCACGAUGGUACUCUACAUGACCGAGGCCUUGUACUUCCGCUCGACGACGCUCAACUUUUACGUCAUCUUUCCGUGCAUCCUCAACUCGAUGACCCUAGUUGGGCUGCUUUACAUCCCCCGACGGCUGCGGCUGUGGGACCAACGUGGCGACAACGACGAUGAAAACUCCCAGCUCCUGAAGCAGAUGGGCGGCUACAAGAAGCGUUCGCGGGCGCACAAAAACAAAACACCCUGAAUUUUCUUCGGGAUGGUUUAGCAAUAACCUCCCUCACUACUCGCAUUUCCGGCCAUUUGGCCAGCCGUCACCUUCUUGUUCUUUCGUUUUCUUCGUUUCCAGUAGCAAGCAUGAUGACAUUUUUUCGAGAGGAUCAACAACAACAACUACGUAAGGUACGUUCGAUACUAGUCAACUAUUUUUACUCUUGGGAAAUGUAGAAAAUGUCGAAAUCCUAACUACAAAAGACACACACACACAUUUAAGCGAAAAGCGAAAUGAUUAAAAUGUAAACAACAACAACAACAACAACAACAACAACAAACACAAUGUGAACAUGAAAAGCUUUAAUACAUUUAUAGAGGAAAACAACAACCAAUUAACCAAUUGAAACCAAUUAAGAGUAAUCACUUAAAUCAAUUUGUAGGGUAAUUCAAUAGCUAUGUAAUGAAAUCAAUUGAAAACGAAAAUCGAACAGAAUAAAAAAAACCUAUAAAAAAAAUAAUGGGAGAGGCACUCAUUUGCACUCGAACCAAAAAAAAACAAACCAAACGAGGAGACAGAUGUAUAAAUCACCAUCCCGCGUUGAGGUAAAUGAAAUUGAAGAGCGCUUUUUACACUGUUUAAUAAACACAAAUUAAAUCGAAAUCAGAAACCCCAAAUCGAUAACGCAGUUGAGAUAUAAAUUUUUCGAAAUCAAAAACACACCCA